AAAAUAGUAGUUCUCUUGUCAGUAACGAUUAUUUCUGGCGAAAACUUGGAAAAAGUAAAAAAAACGCGAUCAGUAUCAACCAAAUGGCCCUGCUCCAAGGAUUGACAACAUUGCUUUUGAUCAUGGCAACCUUAAACGUGUGUGUACUUCAGAACCCUCUUGAGGUCGAUUUCUCAUCGUCCUCGUCCUCGUCGAAUUGCACUACCACUAGCGAUUUUGUGAUAUAUCAUCCUUUGAACAUGAGCCAGACUGACUUUGAGGAAAGCUUGUCCGAGGAGGCAAAGAAAACUUCAAAUAUUUCGCACCUGAAAACGAAUAUUCCAAAGGAUUGGGAAGAGGAGAGAAUAAGAUUGACUUUUCCUAAACUGCCUAAUGAUGAAGGAUAUAAGAUGGCUAUGCUUCAUUUAGAUAAGGGAUACUUUAUCUUUGAUUUCCUUCGACUCUUUCUCGCAUACGUUCAACCCUACGAUGUACCAGUUGAUAUACUGAAGGAUGCCGUGGAUAGCAGAAUAAAUGCAUCGAGGCUGGUUUCUCAAUCAUUACAUAUGGAAGCCGCAUUCAUAAGUUUGAUAGGAAUUUGCGGCUUGUUGAUGUUCGUAACCCCCAGCACCGAAGUUUGGCUUGCAUGUCGCCCAACCAAACAAGAUUAUAAACCGCCCCGUCAUCCUGGAGCCCUAUCGUUCCUUCUGAGUAUCUUCAUGUUAAUCAUGGGAGCAAGCAUGGUAACGAUGAUUGUCUGCAACGAGGCGGUGAGUGCCGGAAUCGAGAAGAUCCCUGUGGUGAUGGAGACGGCUCUUCAAGACCUUGGAGAUUACCAUGCCGGAACCUCCGUACAGUUGCGAAAGUGCCUAACUCGAAGUCUGGACGUGGCUAGUGAAGCGAUCUUGGUGGACUUAGACAAUGUGGAGGACUUAUUAGGAAAACCUGUUCAGACUGAACUGGCAUCUGAAACUGGUAUAGAUGUUGCCCUCGAUACACUUUUAGACGUUGCAAAUGCCACUCAUGAGCUCUCAACGAGAACAGCCACCUUAUUGAAAGAAGGAGAGCGAGCACGCGAUCUUGGAAUUGAAUUGAGUCGAGAAGCCGAUGAUCUCCGCCGAGAAUUGGAGGCUGCAGCAAAGGGUUGUCCUCCACAGGACCGAUCCUUAUGCGCCAUUCUCAAUCCUUCGGGUCUGUACUUCGCCCUACGACUCGAACGGUUAAUACGAGAUGAUCGGCUGUUACGUAUGAAGGACGCUUCUCAAGAAAAUUUAACCGAAGGUGGACGUCAAGCUCGAGGAGAAUAUUUUUACGUUCCUAAUCACGUAGCCAGGAACACAUUAGAUGCUCGAAAUCUAAUCAGACGAGAGAUUAGCGGAAUACGUGCGAAAAUUUUCGAUGAUGCGCGGACUAUUGAAACGAGUAGCUCCGGGCUCUCGAAGCAAUUGGAUACAGCAAGAAACAUCGCCAAUCAAGUAAUACCCUACAUCACAAUUUUCGAGCAAAUGAGAUGGUUCGUGGGAGUAGGUACUGUAAUGUGCGUCCUGCUUGUCUGGUCGUUACUGUUCGGAGCUUUGUGCUGCCGUUGUGGUACAUCUGAAGACAGAGUGCGACCUACACUUUUAUGUGCAGUAUUAUUCAGCUGUGUGAUUUCAAUUGGUCUGUGGAUGGUCAUCAUUUUUUCAUUGGCUUUAUCAACCCAUGCUGAGAUGUUCCUUUGUCGACCUCUUUACGACCCCGAGUAUCGGACAAUGGAAGCUGUUUUAGAAACCCGAGCGUUUUUAGGAAAACGAAUAAGCGUUCCUUUGAAAGACCUUUUCGAAAAAUGUCAGCAAAACGAAGCCGCUUAUCCAGCAUUCCAAUUGGAUAGUUCGAUGAAGCUGGACCAGCUCACGGCCCAUUGGACUUGGACUGGAUUAUCCCGUGCUUUCUCUAAAUUAAGGGUUGAUCUCAAGGGCUUAAGGAUAUUAACACCCAAUUUACAGCAUCGACUACGAACUUUACUUUACGCCUGUAGUUCAAAUCUCACUGAGCACAGAAUAAUGAUUCAAGGACCAAUUUUAAGUCAAGAUUUGAACGCACUUUGCGAUCAAGUGGACACUGUCGCUCGUCAAAUGAGUGAUAGAAGGAUAGCAAACGACCUGCACAUAAUUAGUAACUCUAUGCGAGCCUUAUUAUCGAAGAGGGUGAAGCCUCUAAUGAAAAUGCAGGAUGAGCUUGUUUAUCAGUUGGCCGGAUUGGAAUUGCUAUUACAACCUCUCCAGCGACAGGUGAACCAGUCGAUUUCCCACCUGAAGGCGAUCCAAUAUUAUAUCGACAAUCAAGGAGAAAAAAUCGCUAAACUGAAAACGAAGUCGUACGUGGAGAGAUUGGCCGGUUAUCUGGAUCAAUGGCGUAGCCACGUACUCUCGGAGAUGGGAACCGGAAUUGCGAAGUGUAGACCCCUCUGGGACGUCGUUCAUGGGCUGAGGCUCCUUGUGUGUCAGCAUAUCUUAGGACCUUUAAAUGGGUUCUGGUUUGCCACUUUCGUUUGUGCCAUGACAAUGAUUCUAAGCACACCCACUGCACAUUACCUCGCAGCAAGCUACAAGAAAGAGUCUUUUGGAAAAAAAGCCACUCUUACUCCUUCCAGAUCGGAGAGUCCUGAUACUGUGAUUAUAGAUCGCGAAACUUGGCGCACACCAAAUCCACCUCCUGCAGAAGAUGGAUGGUGAAGAACUUCUAAAACCAGAAAUCUUGAAAAAAUAGCAAAAAAACUGUAUUUUUAAUGACUUCAUUUUUAAUAAAAUAUCAAAAUAACACUAAGCUACCAACCGAUUACAAUUUUUUCAAUAAAAUGUACCAAUUAAAAUCU